AACAGGAUUUAUUUGCACUAGAGAACUACACCAGCCUCGGUUUGAAGUCACAGCGUUUCCCGGGUAACGCAAAAUCAUCGUCGUAAAAACUUUGAGGAAUUUUUAUUCUUGCGCAUUGUCGUGUUGUCGUGUCCCUUUUGUUAUUCGCAGCGUGUAGAAGUGACUUGAAAUGAAGAUCUUUUUCGUAUUGGCUGCACUUGCCAUGGCCGUCUCGCUGGUCAAAGGCUAUUCCGAUGAGGACGCUUGGAGAGAUUACAAGAGGAAGUACAAUUUAAACUACAACAUUGCGGGUGACAAUGGCAAGCGAGACAGGGCUCGCAAGAAGAAUUUCCUCGCCCAGAUGGAACAAAUCAAACGACAUAACAGCAAAAAGGACAACGGCUUUUUCCAGGAACUCAAUGAAUUUUCCGUCUUGGGACCCUGGGAAAAGAAACGAUUUCUCGGUGUGAAUGCUUCCAUGGUCCCUAGCGCCGAGUUUCUCAAGUCCAUUCCGGUUUUCGACUUGCAAAGUCGCCAACUUCCCCCCAGCUUGGACUACCGUUUCGACCGCUGUUUACCGCCAAUCAGACAACAAGGGUGGUGUGGAAGCUGCUGGGCGUUUACCGCCAUUACCCCGCUCGAGUUCUCGAGAUGCAAGAUAACCGGAAGUCCCGUUAUGUUGAGCGAGCAGCACUUGGUGGAUUGCGACGCCACUAAUAACGGGUGCAACGGUGGGUGGUACGUUAAAGCCUGGGAUUAUCUCAGGUCCAAUGGCGGAUUUGCAAGAAGACAACUCUACCUCUACACUGCCAGGAAAGGUCCUUGCAGAUUCAGACCCUCCAUGGUCGGAGCCCAGGUAUCGACUUACGGUUACGUUCAAAGUAAAAACCCGGCAGCCAUGCAAUCAGCCCUGCAACAAUACGGUCCAAUUGCAGUUGCCAUCACCGUCGUCCCAUCCUUUUACUCUUAUGGGGGCGGCGUGUACGACGAUCCGGCUUGUGAUGGAAAGGAUGUCAAUCACGCCGUUGUAAUAGUUGGAUAUGGCAAACUCAACGGAGUCGACUUCUGGAUCUUUCGGAAUUCUUGGGGGACCGGCUGGGGACUUUCGGGAUACGGUCGAAUCAAGAGGGGCGAAAACAAAUGCAACAUUGAAACCUAUCCCGCCUAUGCUGCAGCCGCUUAAACUGAAUUCUUAUAAUUUAUUUCAUAUUUUUUCCUCGUCUGUUUCAAUAUUUAUAUUUCUUUGAUUUGCUGUGUUUUGAAAAAAUACGAAUAAAUCUAUAAUUUAAACUA